GACUUAUACGAGCGACGUGACAUUACGGGGAAAGUCUCGGUAAUCAGACGACGUUUAUAAAUAUGGAAGUUUGAGCGGGGAACCUUUCGACGAUUCGCUGGGGAGUAGGUCGAAGGUGACAGACAACCGGGUGUACGCAGUGGCUUCGCAAACCGCACAAUAUCUUCCGCCUUGCUCGCAAUACCUCGGUGUUGGCGUUUUAGGUAGCCGAUCACGUUUUAAAAGUGCAUAGAUCACCGACAAAAGACUCUAGUGUGAUCUCUAACGGUAUUUAAAUAACCAACACCAGCCAUGGGGAACAUGUUUGCAACAUUAUUUAAGGGCCUCUUUGGCAAAAAAGAAAUGAGGAUUUUGAUGGUGGGUCUUGAUGCAGCGGGUAAAACCACAAUUCUGUACAAAUUAAAAUUAGGGGAAAUUGUUACUACAAUUCCUACUAUAGGUUUCAAUGUAGAAACAGUCGAAUACAAGAAUAUAAGUUUUACUGUAUGGGAUGUGGGUGGCCAAGACAAAAUCAGACCUCUCUGGCGACAUUACUUCCAGAAUACACAAGGGCUGAUAUUCGUUGUUGACAGUAAUGACAGGGAACGUAUCGGUGAAGCGCGCGAAGAAUUGAUGAGAAUGUUAGCAGAAGAUGAACUUAGAGAUGCAGUACUCCUUAUAUUUGCUAACAAACAAGAUCUGCCAAAUGCAAUGAAUGCAGCAGAAAUUACUGACAAGUUGGGCCUGCACUCUCUUCGUAAUCGUAACUGGUACAUUCAAGCAACGUGUGCCACAAGUGGAGAUGGACUUUACGAGGGUCUCGAUUGGCUCUCCAAUCAGCUCAAAAAUGCCAAUCGCUAAUUGGAACAUCGUUCCGUCAACAUUCAGUUGCUAUAUUAACAUCAUAAACAUCAGCUGCACACCUGUCCCCCCCAUGAAUGAGUAAUAAUGUUAAAGAGGUAAUACUAAGUGCAAACUGCAAGAUCUCUUGGAUCUAAAGUGGAGGGUGGAAAGAUUAUCGAAAGUUGUCAAUGUGCCAGGAAGUUUUUGGGGGGAGGGGAGUGGGGAAACGGCCGGAAGCACACAUUCGAACGGCCACACAGGACUAUUGCCUUGUGCAACUUAUUAUUAUAAUUAUUAUUAUAUUAGCAUUAUAGUUACACUUUUUACACAGAGAUACCACGAGAAAAGUGGAAAACUUGGAAGUAAUUGUAUUAAAGUACCUAACUCUGAAACAUACAAUACACAUUCGUUAAUUAAUAAUUUGAAUAUCUUUGAAAAAAAAUUUAAGAACGAAAAAGUGAAGUACCCACGGUGUUGUCAGUUUGAACGCGUUGGACAUACUGAUUAUCAUAAUGUAGCUGCAUAUUGUACAUUACAUUAUAUAAAUAUGAUGAUAAAAAUGUGAUCAAUAGAUGAGAGAAUGUUGCUCUGUCCAUUACAUUACAAAUGUCACAUUGGCCCAUCAGUUGACAUGACAAAUGCAGUGAGUGGUAACUGACGGUGCAAUGACUUACUGUUUCUAGUUACAAAAGUUUGUUUCUAUUUUUUUAAGUUUUCAGUGGUAUACGUCGAAAAAAAUGCAAAACGAAACUAUACAAAAUGGUUGUCUUACUGCUUGGCUAUUGGCAGGUGCAGAACUGCACCCUCCUUCACCUGUUCGCAAUAAGACUAACAGUUAGCCAACCAUGUAUAUCUCAGUGUAAAAGAGAUAUCAUUUAUUUAUUGCACCUUGAUAAGGUAAAAUUAGAUUAUUGUCAACAUUCCGAAAUUAUGCAUCGAUCGUGGCGGGAAAUGGAGAUGAAUCAUUUUUAAAGACGUGAAGAAAGUGAGAGAAAGAUGCUUAAAAAAGUGAAGUUAAAAAAGAAAAACUAGGAAAGAACCUCUCGCUGCAAUGAGAGAUAGGCCUCGCAAUUUUUAAGCCAGCAAUUUAAACUGGCAUGGCAAUUUACCAGAUGAAGCCAUUUUCGCAAGCCCUUCAAUCUCCUAAUGUUUUCCUGUCCUCGAAAUACAUUGUUUUUACAAAAUAAUCUUCCCCUAACUGAUCAAAUCGCCUUUUCGUCAUAUGCGAAGAUUCGUAUAAUUAUAUAUGAAUGUUUAAACAAUUUGUGAAAUAUACUGUAAUUGUGCUUUAUGUAGUCUAUGUGUUAUUUGCCGUUAAAAUAGUUUGUUUUUGUUCUGGCUGAUUAUAAAUAGGAUAUAUAGAGCCCUCGGUUUGGGGUGCAUGCAUAUUGUGCAGAGAAUGAUCAGGAUAAAGGGAUUCUGCACUGAUGCGAAAACAAUAAUUUAGAAAUAUAUAUAUAUAUAUAUACACACGCGAAUACAUACAAACCAUAUAUAUAAAUAUAUUCAUAUACAUGCAUAUGUAUACAGAUGUAUAUACACAUACAUACAUAUACAUAUAUGUUAUAAACAGAUGAAGCAAAUGCACCUCUAUCCUCGUGGCUUUGCGAUCAGCCUGCACGCAUCCCUCAUUCAGACGAUGGUACUUCAGUUACGAGCACGAUUACUUUUUUUUCGUUACUAAAGACUGCGCACUGCCCAUACCGCAUGUUUCAUUUUAGUCUAUUAAGUUUCCCCUAUUUUUUAUUGAUCUAAUCUAUGAUUUAAUUACGGAUAAAUUACGAAUUAUAAAUUUGUAUUGUUCGGAGAAACGACAAAAAAAAAAUGAGACGUUUACGGUACAGUUUUAUUCGUAGAUUGUGUGUGAAAGAUAUUUUCUUUCGAUUUUUAAUAACGUGUGUGUGUGUGUGUGUGUUUAACGACUAAAGAUAAUUAUGGAUUUUAACGAGGAUAUUAUUUCCGCAGCUCUGUCAGAACAAAAAUAAAGAACGUAAUAUUUAAGGUG